ACCUAGUCAUAGGCACUGCGUGCAAACGAGCAAAGCGUAGACUGUAGUUUAGCUGGUACGUAAUCUAAGAACACUGUUUUUUUUAUACGACUCGGGCAAGGUUGAAGUUGUUCAAGUCGAAGGGUUGUCCUGCUUGGUUGUUCUGUGAUGUACAAUAUAUCAUAGUUUAUUAUACCUUCCAAGCAAUCGGAGAUGGCGCAUUCCAAACACAAUCUCACGAUAUUUGACUGGAACAUUCUUGCGCCUAUGUGGAUAAACAUAGAGGAAUAUAUGCAGAGAGAUGGUGACCUUAAUCUCUUACAUAAAGAUAAACGUCUUCUGCUGGUGAUUGAUAGAAUUAUUCAAUAUGAUGCGGAUAUUAUCACAUUACAGGAAGUUCAAGAGGAUCAAUAUAUAGAUAUAUGUGAGGAGUUAUUCCAUAAAUAUCAUAGUUUGGGACAUACACAACAUGAUAAAAAUUAUUGGACGGAAUGGCUUGCAGAUGAUUGUACGGUGAUGCGGAAUGGACAGGCCACAUUUGUUCGCAAGGGGCUCUUUAAUGUCUUGGAUAAACAUGAGUUCGGAACAUCAGAAGACGGAAACGUGUGCCAAAUUGUCACUCUUCAGUUUUCUCAUUGCGAAAGUCAUGAUGGUAUCUUUAUAUUAGUCAACUGCCAUCUUGAAUCUGGGAUGAUAGAUUGGAAACAUAAAACCAGGGCUGGACAGGUUCUAAAGAUUCACGGUGAAAUAGUUGCAAUGAUGAAAAAGUACGGCAAAGAAGAUUCACCAACAGUUAUUUUUCUGGGUGAUUUUAAUACUUUCGGAAAUCAGCUUGGUAUGAGGGAAAUGAGGAAGCAAGGUUACAUCGACAUUGAGAAGAUGAUGUGCAACACCAUACGACCAACUUUCAUAAUAGUUGUGACUGAAGAUGGACAAGAAGAAGGAAUCCAACUUGAUCAUAUUUUCUUAUUAAAAUCACAAGUUUACUCUGGAAAAAUUUCUGUGAAAAAAUUUGAGGUUCCAAAUGUUGCUUCAACUGAAUAUGAUAACGGCAAUCAUAAAUCUACAAUUUUAAGCGCAUUUUCCAGACGACUAGAAAGAAAAAACAUCACUCAGGAAACAGCCUUGUUGGACUCGAGACAGUCUGACCUUCUUAAUCAUGUAUCUCCGUCACGUGAUGAUUUCAAAGAGACCAAUCCACUGAGGGCAUUGAGAAUUGGAUCUGAUCACCUGCCCUUGUUCGUUGAAUUAGAUAUGCAGUCAUGCAAGUGAUGAGAAAUAGUUUGCUAUUUGACCACUUAUUGUGGCGCAUUUCAUUAUUUGUUGGUAUCUUAAUAAAUAUAAAUAUUGCAAUAAAUUAUCAAUAUGCAUGUAGAUUAGAUGUGAUGUAGUGGGAAUUGAAAAUCGUAAUUUUUUUAUAGGCAAAAAAUUAACAUAAUAUCUGUAUUUAAGAUACUAUACCUUGUCAUGUCCUCUAAUGUCUUAGUCUUGUCUGGGUCGAAAUUACCCUCGCGGUACCAUAAAUAAUGAUAAAGAAAAAGCUAUUCCUUCACGAAAAACUAUUAUCGCCUGAUGUGUAUGUGACAAAAAAUUAUCAGCUGGUCAAACUGAUAUGUUAUACUAAUAUGCAACGGAUUCACCUGACACGUUUAAACAAAAAAUAAAAGUAAUAUAAUGUAAAUAUGAAAACGUAUAAGAUCAUAUUCUCGGAGUCGAUUUGUUGCGAUAUCAAUAUUUCGAUAAAUAAAGCUA